UCUCACAACACUCACAUGAAGGAGCUGGCUAACUAGGGAUUAUUGUUGACGUUCUGUUGUACUGACAUGUUAAAGUAAAAUAAUAAAGUUGUUGCGACCAUACGUAUAGAUAGCAAUUUAUUGUAAUGUCCAUAUCAUUCGCAUAUUUUUUAAACCAGAGGAAACUUCGGUCUGAUUCAAAGGUGUGAGAGCUGCCAGUGCUGGGACAGUCCGUCCGUGUGUGUGUGACUGCGCAGGUGUGUGUCAGUUGACUGGCACAGCGCGGAAUGCAAGAUGCUGCUCUCCCUUGGGAUGCUGAUGCUGUCUGCCACACAGAUCUACACCAUCUUCACCGUGCAGCUCUUCGCCUUCCUCAACCUGCUGCCCGUUGAGGCCGACAUCUCUGCCUACACAUUUGACAACAAAACAGGUAAUUUUGAUGACCUGCCUGCACGCUUUGGGUACCGGCUGCCCAGCGAUGGACUCAAGGGCUUUCUGAUUGGUGCACGGCCCGCAAAUGCCUGCGAGCCCAUCGACCCACCCCCUAUCCGGGACAACCUCACUGGCGCCUUCAUCGUGCUCAUCAAGCGCUUCGACUGUAACUUUGACAUCAAGGUGCUUAAUGCCCAGAAGGCCGGGUACAAGUCGGCCAUUGUUCACAACGUGGACUCUGAUGACUUAAUCAGCAUGGGAUCCAAUGACAUGGAUAUUUUGAAGCAAAUCGACAUUCCAUCAGUGUUUGUUAGUGAAGAGACUGCCAACUCCCUGAAAGAAGACUACACAUACGACAAGGGGGGUCAUGUGGUCCUCAUGCCAGACUUCAGCCUGCCUCUGGAAUACUACCUGAUUCCCUUCCUCAUCACCGUGGGAAUCUGCCUCAUCCUCAUCGUUGUUUUCAUGAUCACCAAGUUUGUCCAGGACAGACACAGGGCUCGGAGAAGCCGUUUGCGCAAGGACCAACUGAAGAAACUACCCAUUCACAAGUACAAGAAAGGCGACGUCUACGAUGUGUGCGCCAUCUGCCUCGACGAGUAUGAGGAUGGAGACAAGCUCCGGGUCCUUCCCUGCUCCCACGCUUACCACAGCAAAUGUGUGGACCCCUGGCUAACCAAGACCAAGAAGACAUGUCCCGUGUGCAAGCAGAAGGUGGUCCCCUCUGCAGGCGACUCCGACUCCGACUCGGAGGGCGACAGCGGGGCCGAGGAGAACGAGGUGUCUGAGAGCACCCCACUGCUGCGUUCCCUGGCCUCCACCAGCGGCCACUCCUUCGGCACCAUGUCAGGGGCCUCGCGCUCCGAGCCUGAUCAGGAGUCCUCAGAGUACGAAGACACCAGCGACGACAGCGAGGAGGACGUCACCGUGGAGACUGAGACGGUGGUGGUCCAGCUGCAGGAGCCUCGUCCCGAUGACCAUGACACGCCUGAUUGGUUGGCCUGAGUUGACGGACAGGUCACCGGUUCCCCCGCCUCUCCCUCCCCACUCACCCUACAGGCUUGCAGCAGCAGAGACUCAUGCUGGAUGUGCAACCGAGACUGUGUGUUUAAUUUUGAAGUCCCCGUUUAAUAAAAAUUAAUUUUAUCUCUGGAAGUUUAGAAUGCAAAUCACCAUAAUAAUCAGUUUGUUGUAUGUUUAACCUGAUUUACUGAGCAGUGUCAUCGCGUGUUUUGGGCUAACCGACAACAUUGAUGUCACAGGAACAUUGCAGUAGACUGCACUGUAUUGGUACUGUGGUUAAGUCUGUAUGGGGUGGUAGAACACCGCAGACAUCCUCUGACUGCGGUUAUACUCGUCACUGUGAGAAAGGGCUCGACACCAACUACAAAGGAAUGCGUUGUGUAUAAUGUAUAGAUCACCAUCCGUAACAUCUUAAAACAUUAUUUUGGUAGCCUGCAUAUCUGUAUGCCUCUGUAUCAGAAGGUGAGGAGUUCUAAUAUUGUAUAUAUUCUUACUGUUUGUAUAGAAAUAUAUAUACAUUUAUAAAUUGAUUGAACUGACCUUUUCCAUAAGACUAUAUAGAAACGAGGCCAUGGGAACAGGGUUUUGUCAAUCGGUCUCGAGCCAGAGAUAAUGGAGUCAAGAGGAGUACGAUUUGGAUGCGACUGAUCUGGUGCGUUGAUAAUACAAAACAAACUGUUUGUGGUGCUGCAUUCAGCCAAAGGAUGUUAUGCGUUUCCUCUCAGAAGUCAUAUGUAAUACAAGCAGAAUGGGGCGGGGAGACCGUUCUGUUCAGAUAAUACCCACGUCUAGACUGCUACAAGCAGCCUGUUUGGCUUAAUCUAGACAUACCAGAGAUCAUUUCCCUGAAAUACAAGACACCAUUGGUGGAUAGGUCUUGCAACAUGUAUUUGGUGUCAUAUCAUUUUAAUACUGUAAGUAGGUAGAUCUACAAGCAUACAGAACUAAAAUAUAAAACGCAACGUGUUGGUCCCAUGUUUCGUAAGCUGAAAUAAACAAAUCCCAGAAAUGUUUCAUGCACAUUUGUUUACAUACCUGUGAGUGAGCAUUUCUCCUCUGCCAAAAUCAUCCAUCAACCCACCUGACAGGUGUGGCAUAUCAAGAAGCAUGAUCAUUACACAUUAUCUGAGGACAAUAAAAGGCCACUCUAAAAUGUGCAGUUUUGUCACAACACUGCCACAUGUCUCAAGUUUAAGGGAGCGUGCAACUGGCAUGCUGACUGCAGGAAUGUCCUCCAGAGCUGUUGCAAGAUAAUUUCUCUACAAUAAGAUGCCUCCAACUUCAUUUUAGAGAAUUUUGCAGUACGUCCUCCACAUGACUUCUUCACCUGAAGGAUCGGCAGGUCUGUCAUAAAGCCCUUUUGUUGGGGAAAAACUCAUUCCGAUUGGCUGAGCCCGGCCAUGUGAAAUGAAUAUAUUUCAAUUUACCGACAUAUUUAAAUAUGAACCAAGUCAGUAAAAUCUUUGAAAUUGUUGCAUGUUGGGUUUAUAUUUUUUCCCCCCUAACAUGAAGUGUUUUAUGUUAAGUCCUGUUGCCUUUCCUUUUUAUUUGAUGUCUUGUAAAAUGUCUCACCAGUGUCUACAUUCAAUCUAAUUUCACUUCAAUAAACAAAAACAUGUUAAGUAU